UUAACAUACCAAGUAAAGUAGAAUCACUCAAAAACCAUAACAGAAUACAUCUAUAAUACUAAUGGAACUUGCAGGCUUGCAGUCACAACAAAAAUACAAUAACAGGAACUAAUGCAAUAAUGAAGAGAAACCAUGUAGGACUCCUCUUGAUAAAAGAAUAUCGUUCAUAUAACACUGGUAUGCAAAGAAUUAACACCAAACAUUUUGCUCAAAUCUUCAUGUUCUUUCGCUAAUUAAAUCAGCUCCAAUUUAACAAACACCAUCGAUAUCUCACUGCAACAACGAGAAUGAGGAAAGUUAUGCAAUCUUCUUCGUUUCAAUCUCUCAUCAAGCAAUCACAGCGUGCCCGAUUGUUGUUCUCAGUAUCCGGAGCUUAUUUCUAUCAGGCGUGACAUCGUAGUGGAAACCAGUCGCUAUUGGUCGUGAACGCGAGCUUUAGUAUCGUACACUGUUGAUCGACCAAUGAAGAGUCAAGCCACGUCCCCUCGGUUCAUCACGCCUACCGGGGACGAGGCUGGCUCGUGACGGCGUGGUUCGCGUCAUCGCGACGUACCAAGCUUCCACCAGGUCCGAAGUUGAUCCCGAGGCCCAGUCAUCCGAAAACACUUAGUGGCGCAUCAGUGCAACGUCUGCCAAGUGGCAAGUCUAAAUAAUUGACCCCACCGUUCGUGCAAACAAUUUACAUCGGGUACACGUAAAUAACGGCCUCUUUCCUCCUUAUUGUGAUUACGCUUGGAAACGCGUGGCCGCCACACGAAUUCGUCCACGACGUGUGGGAACGGCCGAUGCAGCAAACAUAAACGGUAAAUACAGCGAAACUCGAUCGUGUUCGCAGUUGCGAUUGAUAGUGAGAGUGACAAGGACAGUAUACGUACGAAAUUACUGUUGGAAGACAUUAAAAAUUUUACGGAUCAUUUUUUAAAUCAUAUUUACCGUGGUACGAGAUACGUUGGAAUUGAAAUUCGUGAAAUUAUUGUGGUUAGAGUAGCAUAGAUAUACAACUGUUUAGAUUUCUAAGGAUAUUCAGCUGCAGUGAGGUGAAUGGACUAUAGUUGUGAGUUUUAGAAUGUUCGCUACAGCGUGACGACUGGUCUCGACGGACUUCAUGGAUCAAACGGUAAUCGUCCCGUCGACUCCUCGCGGAAGCAACGUGGACAACGCGAGAGUCACGAUGAAGAACGAAAGUGACUCGAAUCUACAUAUCCAAGACCAGUCUACCGUAGCUCAUUCCAAUUCCACAUCGGUGGUACCUCGAACCAAUUUGUCGAUGUCCAACAGUCUGAACCAAGAUCAGAGUUUAGAUCCGUUGAUGUGUAACCCUGCCAGUACAGAGUUACCUAGGAAGCCUGGAGCGCGACGCCAAGAGAAACCUCCGUACUCUUACAUAGCACUGAUCGUAAUGGCGAUUCAAGCGAGUCCAGGAAAGAGAUUAACCCUUUCAGAGAUCUACUCGUUUCUCCAGCAACACUUUCCCUUUUUCCGUGGCGCUUAUCAAGGCUGGAAGAACUCAGUGCGCCAUAAUUUGAGCUUGAACGAGUGUUUUAUCAAGCUUCCAAAGGGUUUAGGAAGACCAGGCAAAGGUCAUUACUGGACGAUUGAUCCUUCGACAGAGUAUAUGUUUGAAGAAGGAAGCUUUCGUCGACGACCACGAGGUUUCCGUCGCAAGUGCCAAGCCUUGAAGCCUCAGUAUCCUCAAUACUUUUCUGCGAGUGGUCCAGUAGGCGUCCAGACUCCCGGAUAUGAAAAUUUAACACCUGGAGCUAUGGAAUACGCGAAUGGAUAUCAAAAUCAGUAUCAAAAUUAUCAAGAAUAUGCGAUGUACGCAGCACCUGGUGCCGCGGUCUCCGCUGAUUGGUCCUAUCCUGAGGCCACAUACAAGACACCGCCCAUAUCGGAAGUAACAUACAAGACGACGGAAGUCACAUAUAAAACUGGAGAACCGUCUGUAUACAGAAAUGGAGAAAUAGUAGCAUUUAAGAGCGAGCCUGGAUAUGCGGCGAGGAGUCAGGAGCAGUUAACGUACAGAGCUACGGACGGGUUCUCCGUGAAAGAUCAUCAACAGCAUCAUCCAGAGACGGUUUAUAAGGAGAAUGAAACUAUGAUGACCUAUAAGUGCCCGUCUAAUCCCGCACCGACCACUCAAGCACCUGGACAAGAUUACUACGUUGGUUACGGACUCGCCGGAGUCAACAAUACUGGAAGCAACGUGAACGUCGCUAUGCAGGGAAUCCCAGAACAGACAGGCAACAACAGUCCCGUAGGAAACGUCAGUUCGCCGCACAGUGGGUGCCAGACACCUGUAACGGAUAAUGGUAUAAAGAUGCAAUGCUCGAACUCCAAUUCAAACAGUUCUGGAGGUGGGCUCAUUGAUCGCAAACCAUCCUACUUUGGUCAUCCGGCCGGAUCGGUUACUUUGAGCUCGUUAAGCUCUCUAAGCUCGCUUAACUUGAGCAAUAUCGGCAGCUUGAGUAGUGGCUUGAGUAUAUCAAAUAUACCUGGCACAGUUUCGUCGAACAUUCAUCAUACAGCUACAACACCGCCAACGUACUACGAUCAGAUCAAAUACAGUAUGUGAAACGUGUGACUAUCUGAAACAAAGAGGAACAACGUACUUUUUAUUAACGAUGUAACGUUAGUGUUGAUGAAAUUUCGAAACAGUGCGGUAAAACGAAUAUUUAACGAUAUUCAUUAUUGAAACUCUAUUGCGAAUGAAAUCUAUUCGAGUGCAGAUGUACAAGUUUGUAAAGAAAAGAAGAAAUCUGUUUCUCAAACGAUCGCUUCGAUAACAGUGUAGAUUGAGAUUCUAUUUAUAUUUAUAAUUACGAAUAAAUGUUACUAAUUUAAGCCGUUCGCCGCGAAUCAAAGUUGUAGAAUUAAAGUAUCCUUUGCUAUAAGAAGGAAAAAAACAGUAGGAGAAAGUUCUAUGUUGCUUGAAUCACAUUUUGUCGCUUUUUCAUCUUGCUUAGUGGAUCGACGAUGAUACAUUGUGAUUUUGAAAUAGGUAUUUCUACGAAUUAAGACAAUCUAUAACUGCCGAUGAUGUAUCAGAGUGAGUUAAAUAUUAAUCACGGCAAAUAAUGGUUUUGCGGUGACGAUAAAGGAUUUGUUGAUAGCAGCAAACUCUCUUUCCUAGUCCCUACUUCUCGUCCAUGAAUUCCGGCUCUUGUUAGCGUCAUCUUGCGUAACAACAUUAUGCUUUUUGUUAGCCCGUAUGACAAAUUGUUAUUAAAGUUUUUACGAUUUUCAUUUCCAUAGCUUCGAUCAUUCCUUAUUUAAAAUAAAACUCAUUUAAAUCCUUGGUAACUUCCAUGAUUUUUUACUUAAAAAGAAAAAGAAGACUCAAAGAAGAGAGCGAGUUUUACGAUCUCAGAAACUUGCUUCAUUUUUUUAUCCUUUCGUUGUAAAAAAACGAUGUAAAAAGUACCGAACAGCAAAGAUUCUACUGUUACUUUCGAGGACUCAAAAACGAACCAGUAGUCCUGGAUCUUUCCUAGGAAGGUUAUAAAAAGAGAUAAUAUGGUCGUGAACGAUAGUUACGUGCUCUAUGCAGUAGUAAUGCCACAGAUUUCUAUUGGAACAGCUUGUUGCCGGUCCCUGCCAUAAAAAUGACAAGGACAAGUCAGAAGCUCCUUUCGGCUAGCCAGGAUGCACUUAUUUGAGUAAUAUGGAGUUUCUUCGGAAAGUUUUUUCUUGUCACGUGUUUAAAUAUUGCCGGUUCCUUUUAUCAGCUUUCUUAUAAAUCACGUGCCACACUUUUCCGCGAAAGUUUGGUGUGAUUAUCGAUCUCGAUGUCACGUCCAAAAAUAAUACGAUGACACUUGAUCCAGGUUUUAUUAUCGCGCUCGGGGAGGAGAUACAAAGAAGCUUGGGAAACUUGCAGAUGAAUCAGAAUGUUAAAUUCGAGUAUACUGUUUCCAUCAUUUCUUUCCUAUUACUUUUUUUCAAUUUGUAUUUAUAUACAAGUAUAUGGUAAAUAUGUUUACAAUGUACUUACGAUUAGGGUAAAAUAUAUUGUGCUGGUAUACUUGAAUAUAAUUGCAACCAUGAGUUUCACUGCUCCGUCGUCACUUACAGAUAGAUGGACCUUUGUUUUGACGAUUCAAGCCUCGCUAUCUAUCGAUGAUUUCCUUGAAUCGGCUUAGAGAAUCAAGAGGCGCGGGAUUGCUUAUGUAAUAAAUUAGAGAACGUUAUGCGAGAUGGCGGAUCGCAUGUGGUGUCGGCUUACACGAAACAGAUUCAUAACCGACAUUAAUUUCGCAUUAAGAUUUUUCUCUUCUUCGAUCCGCAGAUCGGAUUCUGCUCGUGGAGGAAUGAAAAUGAUUCCGAUUUCCUUUAGUAGUGUAUUCAAAUCUCAUUGUCAUACUAUUUUACAAUUAAAAUUUUCUCCCAUUCUCUAUAAUGAACUUUGGAUAUUUUAUUAAGUAACUGAUUAUUUCUUAAUAAUAUAAUGGAUUAAUUAAUAUUACUGUAAUUAUAUAUUACUUAUCACAUUUUUUAUGAAGUAAGGUUUAUGAUAUUCUGUCCCGUUUCG